CUCACGAUACGACCCCCCAUACUAUCCGCUAUGGGCUAUCUUAUUCUUAUCGCGACUGGCUCCUUGCUCAGCUAUUUGGUGGCUACCACCAUCCAUAAUCUGUUUUUUCAUCCACUCGCCAAUGUCCCAGGUCCAUUCCUAUGUCGCAUUUCCAGCCUGCCGUCUUUCUACCAUGCGGUCAAACGUGAUCGCCAUAUCUGGUUAUGGCAACAAUUCCAGAUAUACGGCGGCAAGAUUCGUGCAGCGCCCAACAUUGUGCUGUUCAACUCCCCCAGUGCAUACAACUCCAUCUUCUCACACAAAGCGAACGUGAAGCGGUCAAAGUUUUACGAUGCUUGGUCUCGCAAUGCAGAAGAUGUCAACACUUUGCAGACAUCCAGUGUGGAGAUUCACGCCAGGAGAAGACGUCUUUUGAAUCUUGUCUUCACCGAUCACUCAAUAAAAGCUGCAAGUGCCUUCAUUGUCGGCCAUGUAGAUCGAUGUCAUGAUAUCUUGGUCAAUUCAAAGGGAAAUGAGAAUGGGGAUUGGUCUCAGCCCCAAGACAUCUCGCCGGUAUUCAUGUACCUGGUUUUUGAUAUCAUGAUGGAUUUAUCUUUCGGGGCUACCAUGAAUACGAAGGAACCUGGAGAGAAUCCUUUCAAGAAGGUGCCCCUAGCUUUCGACAGCUUUGUCACAUUCAACAAUCCAAUAGCUAAAUCGCCGCUUCUUGAUUUUCUCAUAUGGGCCAAGCCUCGUGGGCUGGAGCAAUUGCUCGAAUUUGUCAUUCCCACGACUAUCAAAGAGCACUAUGCCUUCGUUGAAGACAUGGUCACAAAACGACUAGAGGAGCAUCGGAAACGUGAGGCGGAAAAAGCGCCGAUCGGAAGAGAGGAUAUGCUCCACUUUUUAUGCAGCGCUAGGGACCCGGACACCGGCGGCCCGGCUUUUGACCGUGGUGAAUUGCGGUCGGAAGCUAGUCUACUGAUCAUGGCUGGCUCGGACACAACAUCCAUCACGAUUAGUAGCUUGUUCUUUUACCUCGUGCAUAACGAACGAGCCUACUUGAAGCUGGUGAAGGAAAUUAGAGAGACAUUUGCUAAACCCGAGGAUAUCGUCUACGGGCCUACUCUGUUAAGUGGUUGCAAGUAUCUGCGAGCCUGCAUCGACGAGACUUUCCGCUUGUCACCAGCAGGGCCGAGCGAACUGCCACGAGAGGUGCUACCCGGAGGCAUCAACAUUGAUGGCGUGUACUGUCCUGCUGGCACGAUUGUCGGUACCCCUAAUUGGGCUUUGAACCGGAAUGAAGAGGUGUACGGGGACGCGUUCACGUUCAGACCCGAACGAUUUAUCGUCUCAGAUGAGCUGAAAACGCUGAAUACGAAGGAGAGUGUGCGUGAGGUCAAACAUGCGCUGCAUUCCUUCUUGAAGGGACCCGGAGAUUGUGCGGGACAGAGGCUAGCCAUGCUCAUGAUGUCGAUCAUUGUGGCGAGAACGCUGUGGCGUAUGGACGUAAGGCUAGCUCCGGGCACUGAUUUGGGCGCAGGGAACGCGAAGCUAGGAUGGGGCUCGAGAGAUCCGAGGCAACAGGUAGUGCAGGAUUCUUACAUAGCUCUUGUCCACGGGCCAGUGGUACAGUUCAGAGCGCGACAAGCAUAA